CAGGGUUGAGUACGCACUGUCACCGAAACUUGCUCACGAGUAGUUCAACGACGGCAGUUCUUCUUAUUCGACGAUCAUGAAGACAUCGCUGUGCAUCCUUCUGACCGCGCUCGGGCUGGUCUGCGGGCAGAACGCUGGCUCGUACCAGUACAGCAGCGGUCCCGCGCAGUCCUACUCCUACAGCAGCCGCAGCAGCGGAGGCAGUAGCGGGGGCAGCGGAGGCGGCGGAGGCGGCUUCGGCCUCGGAGGAGCUGGCGGAGGAUUCGGAGGAGCUGGCGGAGGAAUCAGAGCAGGCGGUGCAGGCGGCGGUCAACGGGUCGUCUUCAGCCGUAAAGUUUCUUCCUCAUCCAGCGGUGGUGAUGGAGGUUUCGCUCUCGGAGGAGCUGAUGGAGGUCAGGGCUUCCAGUUCACCUCUUCAUCUGGCGGCGCGGGAGGACAGGGCGCCGGCGGCGGCGGUACCGUCGUCCAGAGGACGGUCACCACGGAGGAGUUUGGUGGAGGCGAGGGAGGCAACGCUGGUGGCUUUGUCGGUGUUGGCGGUGUAGGUGGCGCUAACAUCGCCGCUCAGGGAGGUCAGGGAUUCCAAUUCAGCUCUUCAUCCGGAGGCGGGGGAGGACAGGGCGUUGGCGGCGGCCGUACCGUCGUCCAGAGGACCGAGACCGAAUUCGGUGGCGGAGAGGGAGGCAACGCUGGCGGUUUUACGACCAUGAAGACAUCGCUGUGCAUCCUCCUGGCCGCGCUCGGGCUGGUCUGCGGGCAGGGAGAGGUCGCCUACCAGACCAUCAGGGGUCCCACGCAGUCCUACUCCUACAGCAGCCGCAGCAGCGGGGGCCUCGGAGAAGCUGGCGGAGGAUUCGGAGCAGGCGGUGCAGGCGGCGGUCAACGGGUCGUCUUCAGCCGUAAAGUCUCCAGCGGCGGUGAUGGAGGUUUCGCUCUCGGAGGCGGUGAGGGCGGUCAGGGCUUUCAGUUCAGCUCUUCAGCCGGCGGCGCGGGAGGACAGGGAGGAGGAUUUGGAGCAGGCGGUGCAGGCGGCGGUCAACGGGUCGUCUUCAGCCGUAAAGUCUCUUCCUCAUCCAGCGGUGGUGAUGGAGGUUUCGCUCAAGGAGGAGGUGAUGGAGGUUUCGCUCUCGGAGGCGGCGAGGGAGGUCAAGGGUUCCAGUUCAGCUCUUCAUCCGGCGGCGCAGGAGGAGCUGGCGGAGGAUUCGGAGCAGGCGGUGCAGGCGGCGGUCAACGGGUCGUCUUCAGCC